CCGGACGCCGGAGUACAUGCAGCUGACGGAGCCGCGCGGCGCUCGCCUAGCUUCCCCUACCGCCGCCCGAGCCGCCCGGUCGCCCGGCUCCCACCGCAGCCAGCGGACAGAGGAGGAGCUGCCCGCGCUCUGGGCGCUCGGUCACAGUCCCGGCAAACUCUCCCGCUGCCCGCGCCGGGUUCGGCACCAAGCCCCAGGGUACCAUGGUCUACAAGACUCUCUUCGCUCUCUGCGUCUUCACGGCAGGACUGAGGCUACAGAGCGCGUCUACAUCAGCCCUCUCGCCUGUUUCUCUUCCGGCCAAGAGCAGCCCACCAACGGUCUUCUGGACCAGCUCUCCGCAAAGCCCUCCCGCCUCCCCUACCGGUGGAACGCCCAGCAACUCCGUCCUCCCAGAUACAGCGUCGGCCCGGACAUCUCCAUCCGCCAAGAACAACCCCGCAGAGCCCAGAGAAGAGGAACCCACCAGCCCAGCCUCCAACUGGGAGGGCACAGACACAGACGCCUCACCAACAAGCGGUGGGGUCCACUUAACACCCACGCUCGAGGAACACACUUCAGGCACUCCCGAGGCCAGGGUGCCAGCUACAGGGUCACAACCCCCCGUUGAGUCUCCCGCACUCACCUCCCCUCAAGCGCCAGCCUCAUCACCUUCACCCCCAUCAACCUCACCACCAGAGGAGGUUCCCUCUGCCUCUGUGAGCACCAACCGUAACUCCGCUGAGGCCAGCACCAAGCCCACAGGAGCUCUAACCACAUCAGAGCCCCCAGCGGAGGACCACAGCUCUGGCCACAGAGCCACUUCACAUGCCUCAGCCGAGCCAGAGCCCACCGAGACCACGGCCCAAGCAACUGUGCCCCCCAGAGUGACCUGUAUGCUGAUAGACACGGAGACCACCACCGCCUCCCCCGGGGUGAUCAUGCAGGAAGUGGAGCAUGCGCUAAGUUCAGGCAGCAUCGCCGCCAUUACGGUGACAGUCAUUGCUGUGGUGUUGCUGGUGUUUGGAGUUGCAGCCUAUCUAAAGAUCAGGCAUUCCUCCUACGGAAGGCUCUUGGAUGACCACGACUACGGGUCCUGGGGAAACUACAACAAUCCUCUGUACGACGACUCCUAACAAAGGAAGGUGGCCUGGGAUGAGGAAUAACUGUCUUUAUUUAUCAGUGCUUAUCCAGUAGAAUUAAUAACAAGUACCUGAUGCGCAUUGAGUGACAAUCCUAAGCCCUGUUUUGUUGGUUUGGUUGUUUUGUUUUCCUCCCUCUCCUCUGGCUGCUACAACUUCCCCUUUCUGGUACCAAAAAAAAAAAAAAAAAAAGAAAGAAGAUUAUUUAAAAGUGAGUGGAGUCUGACAUGCGGCUGACAUGGGCCAACCCUAAGCCGUCCAGGCCGGACGCCACGGUGGAGGUGUCUGUACCCAGCGCAGGUCCCACCGCGAGAAGAAACAGGAAGAGGGAUCAAGUUGUGUCGUCAAGGGUUACUUUUAGGGGAACUUUCAGUGUGUGGUAUUUCUUAAACUUUUCUUUAGGAGAUUACAUUAAGUCUCAAUGAGGGGAAAGGCAAUGAGUGCUGGGAGGAGUUCGCCCUGCAGGUAAGGAAGCAGGGGUUUCUCAGAUUCCUUUUUAAUCUCAAUUUAUCUGGUUGUGUCUGACAGGACACCUGCUCGGCUCUGCUAGCUGGAUGCCAGUUUCUUAGCUGCCUAAUUAAGGAAAGAGGAACCUAGAAGGUGCCCUGGGGGAGGCCAGCUGGCCGAGGGGCAGCGCAGCAGGCUGCUGUCAGAUCUCAGCCUGCCUGCUGCCUGGCCUCCCCUCCAGGACACCUGUCUCUGCUGAGGAUGCCCGUUCUAGUCAACCGCAGCUGGGACCCCAGCCCACAAGCUUUCAGCGGUUUAGCUGUAGAAAAGAAAGGGAGAGGCGUGCGAAGUGAGUGUGCA